AUGUCCGAUGGAAACAAAUUUGACGUAACUACAUACGCACAGCAACGUCAGCAAAAUCGAUUACCAUUAGAAGAAAUGGGCAAUGUAUUGCUUGACGCGAUGCAAGGUACCCUCAUUUGUCUUGAUAAUCAUAAUAUUAUUAUUGAUGUAUCCAAAACAAUAAAAAAUUAUUUUGGUUUUGAACAAUCUGAAAUUAUUGGUCUUUCAAUAUUAUUAUUCAUUGAAGAUAGUGAACGAGAUUCAUUUGCAAAAUUUCUUUCUAGUACAUCAGAAUUGUACGAUAUUUGUUGUGUUCGAAUGAUAAUGGCUGUUACAAAUGAAUAUCGACAAGUAAAAGUACAUCGAAAGAAAAAAUUUAAUCACGAUAAUGCUGAUGUACAUUCAACAACACCUCGACAUAGUAUUUCAAUAGGAACAAUACUUGUUUUAACAUUAGAUGAUUCAUCUUAUAUUGAUAUCACACUUUUUGAUGUACAUAAAGAAGAAUUUUAUACAAAAAUGAAUUUAAUAGGUGAAAUUACAUUCGAAGAUCAUAGAGGUGCUGUAAUAACUGGUUAUCUACCACAUGAAAUAGUGUCUCAAUCUAUAUUCAAUUUUGUUUAUCAUGAAGAUCGUCUAGUUAAAUUACAUGCACUAUGGAAAUGUGUAACAAACGGUGCCAGUAAAUUACAAUGGCGUUUAAAUGCACGUGAUGGUUCAUUAGUUUUUCUUCAUACUGAAUAUAAAUUAAUAGCUAAUCAUCAAAAUCAAGAUACAAUUGUUGCUCGUAAUGAAGUUCUUGAGUUAGUAGAAUCAUUCGAAGAAGAAGAAAAAAAAGCAAAAAAUUUGUUUUUAUCUUUCUACAUAUAGUCCAAU